CUUAACUACAAAACGUUCACUUUGCAUUCUUUUGGUUCAUAAAAUCAAAGACCAAUAAAAACGAAAAUCCGGAUCACAGCACGUGAAGGUACACACGUAUGAAGAGAAUAUAUGAUAAAUACUCGGUGGCAGUCGGAUUAAUUUCGUCUCUGAUUGGCUUGCGUAAACCGAAGUGGUCCAAUAGCAGGAAGAGUUAACAAUAACUGUGAUAAUUUGAACAGCGUCAACUUCAGUUGCUCUCAAGAGAUAAAUGGACACAGCAAUCUGUUAGUAGCAUAAGAAUUUGAUAAAUGAGAAACAUUAUUAAACUAGAACGUACUAAAUCAUAAUUCAUACUUCCAAGGGAAAAUCUGAAUUUUAAUCUUAAGUAAUUAUAAGGAUGGCUCCAUCAAAAAUUUUAAAUAUACAAAAUAAACAAAGUGGUACUAAUGUGACAAAUACAAGAAAAAGAAUAGCCACGAGAAGUCAAAAUUCUGCACUAAACAAUGUUUUAGUUAAGCCACCUGUUCUUGGUAAAGAUCCCCGUGUCAAAAGAAAAGCAGAAGCAUCCCCACCAAAAGAAAAGACAACAAAGAGAUCUGCACUGGGAAAUAUUACUAAUGCAAUUGGGAAAACAUUGGGGACACAUCAAACACAAGAACCAAAGAAAACAUUAAAAAAGACAGCUGUUACUCAAGUAAAACCCUUCACACAGACAAGUUCUAUUAGAACGCUUGAAAAAGUUGUGACUAAGCCAGAGGUAAUACCUCAAAAACCAAAGCCAGUGCCACGUGUGAAACCAGUAAAAAAGGAUGAUGGAAAAGUUGAAAUACCUAGUAAAAUUGUAAAGGUUAGACGUAGUUUAGAUUUAGAAAAAUCAGAGGACAGUUCUUUGUAUGUAAGUGCAUUAGAAGAUAUUGGAGAUGACAGUACAAAGAAAUCCAGAAAAAGCAAUGUACAGUCUGAAGAAACCGAGAAAAUAGAUGAAAAAGAUGAACCAAGUGAGCCCCAAGUACCUGCAAAAGUUGAAGAAAAAUUAGUAACGAAUCAAUUGGAUGCUGUUCCUGAAAGAACAUUACCUGAAGGUGUUCAGUGGGAUUUUGAUGUAGAAAACUGGUUGGAUCCAUUUCAAGUUUCUCACUAUGCUAUGGAUAUUUUCAAUUAUUUAAAAGAAAGGGAACAUCUAUUUUCAAUUGGAGAUUAUAUGGAAAAACAAGUAUGCCUCUCACGAUGGAUGAGAGCUUUAUUAGUUGACUGGAUGGUAGAAGUUCAAGAAUCCUUUGAACUCAAUCAUGAAACUCUAUAUCUGGCUGUGAAACUAGUUGAUCUCUACUUGACAAAAGUAAUUGUUGGAAAAGAAACAUUACAAUUAUUGGGAGCAGCGAGUCUUUUCAUAGCAAGUAAAUAUGAUGAAAGAAUACCUCCAAUGGUAGAAGAUUUUUUGUAUAUAUGUGACGGUGCUUACACACAAAGAGAAUUAAUUAGAAUGGAAAUGAGCAUAUUGAAAGUAGUCGAUUUUGAUCUUGGUAUACCACUUUCUUAUCGAUUUCUUCGACGAUAUGCUAGGUGUGCAAAAGUGUCGAUGCCGACAUUAACUUUAGCUCGAUAUAUUCUUGAAUACUCAUUAAUGGAUUAUUCGACAAUAAUGUUCAGCGAUAGUAAAAUGGCUGCAUCUGCACUUCUCCUAGCAUUACAAAUGAAAGAUUUAGGAGGAUGGACUCCUACUCUAAAAUAUUAUAGCGGUUAUAGUGUUGAUGACAUACGAGACAUCGUAGAUAUUAUGAACCAAGGGUUACAUCGGAAACUUAAAGAAGAUGGACUACAUCGGAAACAUAAAGAAACUCUCACCACUAUACGCAACAAGUACAGUCAUAAGAUAUUUUUUGAAGUAGCAACGCUGCCAUUAAAAGAUACUUUAAAUAUAUAAUUAGUUUAAGUAAAGAUGUGUAGUUGCCAAUAAUAUAUAGGAUUGCCUAAUUAUUGCUAGGUAAUCUGUAAUGACAUUUAUAAAAAAUUGAGAUAGUCACUGAGCAUUAACUUAUAAAUCAAAAUGAUUGUUAAUUUAUGUAAUAAUGAAAUUCCAACAAGAAAAUUUUCAAGUUAUCUAUGCGCCAUAAAAAAAUCAAAUAAAUUAUGCUCAGUAUAAAUUUAGUAUGUCCAAAAGGAUCGACAAAUACACGGUUUCUCUUCUUCUUUAUAUUUUUUCUUUUUUUUUUUUAUUAUUAUUAGUAUUUAUACAAUAUUAGUAAUCGCUAUCUACAAUCUCAGUAUUUGUAAGUUAAUUUUUUCUUUUUUUUUUCUUUUUUUUUUUUUUUUUUUUUUUUUGUUGAGAAAUUUAUUUUAGCGCCACGCUUUUAUAUUUCAUAAAAAUUCUGAUAAAAAUUAAUAUUUUUAAAUCCGUUUUUUAGCAUGUAAAGAUUGAAAUGAAUCUUUUACUCCUUUUUUUUUAUUUAUAUAUAAUGCUAUUAUAUGAUGUCUUACUGAAGAUUCGGUUGGUACACAUAUGCAGAUAUCAGUAAAUAGAAAAUUAAGUGGUACUCGUAUUUUAUAGAGAGUGGCGUAUUGUUAUGCAUUGUUGUUGCACUUUAUAGACUGAUAAUAAAUUGUAUGCUCCUAAGGGUAGUUACAUGAAAUACCAACGAAUAUAUGUUUUUACGCAUUACACUCAUUAAAAGAAAGAGAUUAUUUCCUCUUUCAUAAAGAAAUUUAGGAAUUUAAAAAAUUUAGAUGUUUUCGAUUGAUACAUUGCACGAAAUUAAUAAAUUUCAAUAUAUAUAUAUAUAUAAAUAUGUAAUUUAUAGAGGAAAUAAUUUCUCAUUAUUUGCUAUUAUACAUAAAAUUGUAUUCUUCACUACUUUAAUUAAUUGCAUACAUAUUAUAAGUGUAACAAAGAGGUCUAUUUUUCGGAUUUUACUCAUAGUCACUAGUUGUGUCUGUAAGGCAUGUUCUUUACAAAAUACCACCUGUGAUAUAUAUGUAUUCAAAACUUUGGUACAGUCAAAUUCAUCACAAUCUUCUCAUAAACAAUAUUUAUGCAAGGCAUGUGCCUAUCAAUUAGAACAUGUUGGAUCAGGAGGGUAGUUGUACAUAGUAAACACAAUUAACGACGUGUACAUAUUUUUAACAAUUAUUAAAUCAAAUUUAGAGUGAUUUUUUUAUAAUAAAAAUUUAUCAUAUAGAAAUACAACAUAGUAAGACUUAUUGACAUUACGUGGUGUACAUAAUAUAUUUUUGUACCAGCAGUGAAUGUAUUACCUAUUAUUUUAUAAGGUGUGUGUAUGUGAACCAUUGUAAACGAGAUGUAAUUUAAUAAAAAAUAAUGAUUUUUCA